ACGGUUCCCCAAUUCGUUACUCUUCAAAGGGACUCGGACUGUUCCAAGAUCAAAGCGGAGGAGGACUUGACUCCAACCAGCAAUUGUGUAGAAUCAAUCUAGCGGCAUGCACUCUGUUUUCCCAUCGUAUGCAACCAUUUUCUUCAAAGUGAUCAAUCCUUCAAUGCUGGCCAGUUUCGCAAGACCCUCUCUUGUAAAGCAAGGGUAACAUCGCAUCGUUCCUAGUGGAGGAGUGGCCCAUGAUCAAAAUUGAGAAAGGAAAGCGGUCAAUUUCAAUGAACUCACCGCAAGUGCUUGGCUUAUAUCGGUAGAGCAAUGCUUUUAUAAAUCCCUCUUUGCUCCCCAUAACCUACUUCAUCUUCUACGUGAGAAGUAUCUCCCAUCCGCCUACUCUAAGAACUUCGAAGCUUCGUUGACCCUUGGCGUCAGCAAGGACGAGCGAAAAUGUCGCUGACGCCAAAGAGAUCGUUUUCAAAAGCCUCCCACCGUUUCCCACAUGGCAGAAUUCUCACGUCCGAAGGCAAAAGAUACGUACGAGAAGAGAUUGCCAGAAGAAAAGCGUUGGUAAGAGACCGAAAUAAAAGGCGCGCACAUGGUGGAAAAGUUCGAAGGCUUGAAAAUGGUCUUCUGGAUAUUGAGCGGAAGGGGAGAUAUCCAAAACUAUUUCGAGAAAACGCCAACUCCCCGUUGCUGCGUCUUCCACCUGAGAUACGCAACAUGAUAUUUCGCUACGCUGUAGGCGGGAUGACUUUCGACUUUACCGCGUGCGAACGGCCUUGGCUCCAGAGACUACGUGGCUGGAAGCCGCGGGUCAACAACCCGAUAAAGAAUUGUUUCAGUCUGCUCCGUGUUUGCCGACAAAUAUAUUCCGAGACGGCUCUUCUCCCAUUCUCGGCGAAUACAUUCCAUAUAUCAGAGGACCAACAAGAGGAUUUUGACGACUGGCUCCAGGAUCGGUUGCCCAUUGAGCGAGAUGCAAUCACCAGCCUUCAAUACACUGCUUGCCAACCACUCAUCGUCAGCCCCUUUCCGCGGUCCCAUUGGUACAAAGUAAUGAGCCGUGCUGUCAGCGCACAAUCGAGAUUGAGGUGGCUCAAUCUAACCGUGCGACACUGGCCUUCUAAAAUCAUUUUGAAUGGGAAGGAGGUGUGUCUCCGCCAGUACUAUAAAAAACUGAGAAGCGAAACCCGGAGGGCGAAGAAGCGUAUCGAGGCAGAGCAUAAGGGACUGCAUGUGCGGAUCGAGAUCAAACCGUUGUAGGUAGGACAUCCCGUGUGGAUUCCGUCAAGUCGUAAGUGCUCCGUCAACAAUGCUAUCCUAAUUAGC